AUGUCUAAUUUGUCACCUGAAGAAAUUGAAGCUUUGAAUCCAGCUGAUUUUAUUAAUAAUUUAAACUCCAAGAAAAAUGAGUUAUUUCUUAGUGAUAAUCAUAUUAAUGCUUUUGCAAUUGCUGAUAAGAAUGAAUUGAAUGAUAAUAAUUGUGGAUAUCUUACCGCAUCAGGAAUUUUUACAUCUUUGAAAAUGCUUUGUGACGUACGCUAA